ACGGUUGGCAGUCGUCUGUCAUCGCAACCUGCUGUAAAUUGUACUUGUGUGAUGUGAAUUGUAAAACGAAAUUAAUAAGUUUGUUUAUCUCUAAAAAUAUGGUCAUCUCUUUAUAAAUAUUGUGCAGCCAUGAUCAAUGAAAUUUAUGAAUUAAACUUACAGUAAUAAUUAUAAUGUGAAUAUUACAAAAAAAUAUCAAAGUCAGGUGGGUUGUAUUGUGAAAAUGCGAAGUGUUACAGUCCCAUCUCGGUGGAUAACUCGCUGUAAAUAGUUUUUUUUGGAAGAGGAAAUAAAUUUUCACUGAGAAAUAGUUACAUGUACGCAGCGGGAAUGACAAUAAUGGCAGUUUCUGUUGGAGAAAUAUGCGAGAAUACAAAGCUGGCCCGAGAAAUGGCUCUCAUGGGGAAUUACGAGUCGGCUCUCGUUUACUACGAAGGAACAGUGCAGAUGAUCCAUAGACUGCUGAUCACUAUCGCUGAUCCCACACGCAAAUCCAAGUGGCAGUUGGUCCAAAAGCAAAUGGCGCGCGAAUACGAACAGUUGAAGGCGACAGUAGCAACGCUGCAAAUGUUCCAACACGACGGAGAGAAGGCCCUCACACCACUUGCAGGCAAUUACGAGGAUUUACCGACCAGGGACCAGAUGUGGGCACCGGCGCCGCACGAAAUAGACCCCGAUGUGUGGCCCCCGCCCCCCGAUAGAGACCCCAACGCGUGGCCACCGCCCACUAGCGCAGAACACAAAGGACCUCCAGUAAUGAAAUCAGCACGAAACAACCCACGGAACAGUCGCGUCGACAACAAGAAACCCACCACAGGACGGAAUGCCACGACAUCGCAAAGAAAGACUUCUGAUGCAAGGAACCCUAAAAUAGCCCCAAACAAAGCUCAUAGUGCAAAAACGAAGGAUACUAGUAAUAAAGAUCACGGUAACAACGGUAAGGAUAAACAAGACAGAGACAACAAUAAUGGUGACACAGACGAUGAGAAACACAAAGAGGACGAGCGGAGAUUCGAACCACCGUCUGCGGCAGACGGUGACCUAGUGGACAUGCUCGAAAGAGAUAUCGUACAAAAGAAUCCAAACAUUAGAUGGGAUGACAUAGCUGACCUAUCAGAAGCCAAGAGAUUACUCGAAGAAGCCGUAGUCUUGCCAAUGUGGAUGCCAGACUUUUUUAAAGGUAUCAGACGACCAUGGAAGGGUGUGUUGAUGGUCGGUCCACCAGGUACAGGGAAGACAAUGUUAGCUAAAGCGGUGGCGACAGAAUGCGGCACCACGUUCUUCAACGUGUCAUCAUCAACGCUCACGUCCAAGUACAGAGGCGAAUCGGAGAAACUGGUGCGGUUAUUAUUCGAAAUGGCGCGGUUCUACGCGCCCAGUACUAUAUUCAUAGACGAGAUAGACUCGUUGUGCUCCCGCCGGGGCUCAGACAGCGAGCACGAGGCAUCGCGUCGAGUCAAGUCGGAGCUUCUCGUGCAAAUGGACGGACUAGGCUCCGCUACAGAUGAACCAGCCAAGGUGGUGAUGGUGUUAGCCGCUACAAAUUUUCCAUGGGAUAUUGACGAAGCUUUACGGCGUCGUCUAGAAAAACGCAUCUACAUACCGCUGCCGACGCAAGAGGGCCGGGAGGCUUUACUGCUGAUCAACCUGCGAGAGGUUAAAGUGGAUCCGGAAGUAGACUUGCGUUCCAUAGCAAGAAAAUUGGAUGGCUACUCUGGUGCCGACAUCACCAACGUUUGCAGAGAUGCGUCGAUGAUGUCAAUGCGUCGCAAAAUAGCCGGAUUGAAACCGGAACAAAUCAAACAGUUGGCUAAAGAAGAAUUGGACCUGCCCGUUACGAAGCAAGACUUCAUGGAGGCGUUAGCGAAAUGUAACAAAUCUGUAUCCAAAGGCGACAUACAGAAAUAUCUGUCGUGGAUGGACGAAUUCGGUUCCUCCUGAUCUUAACUGCCGCUCCAAUACUGUAUAACAGAUUUCCCAUUAAAAAAAAUGUGAUAAUGACGUUUCGGCUUAAUCUUAACUCGGAGUAACAAACGUUCGCCUUACAACAUACUUAGGAUACGCGACUUUCAGUAUUACGUAUAAUUUAAUAGGCAUAUCGAAAUUAAUAAAUAACAGUUAGGACGUCACAUUCAUUAUAUAAAAAAUAAAAAAAACUGAAAUAUGUCAGUUAUGGACCGACUGGUGUUUUAAAUAGAGAUACUAUUUUUACAUAAUGUUGAAUCGCUAAAAUCAAAUUAUGCGCAAUAUAUUAACUCUAUUAUGGACAACUAGAUCUGUUAUACGUUCUGUUAAUAUUUUGUUGAAACGCCGUGAUCUUUGUACUUAAAUUAGGUCAUAUAUAUAAAUUUAGAUAUAAUUUUAUGCCAUAACUAAUUUAUAUGUAAUUUUUAUAGAUUUUUAUUGAAAACUAAAUUUGUUACUUUAAUAAUAACAAAGUUUUAUUUGGCAUUUAUUUAGUAUUUCGCUCAAUUAAGUUUAAACAACUCGCAGUUCAUAAUUGUGUUGUUAAAUGACUUAUAAAAUUUAUAUAGAAAUAUGGUCAAUUAAAAAAAAAGAAUUUGUUACACGCCACAUCCUGUAUGCAUGUACCUCCUUAAAAUUUGCUUAUUAAAAAGGUCUUGUUAUUCAAUAACAAUUUUCAUAGUAUAAUAAUAGCAAUAGAUGUGUUCAUAUUUUUAACAUAACUACUACCUAUUUUAACACCAUUACUAUUCCAGAGCCAGAACAAAUGAUUGGACUAAUAAUUUUUAUUUAUAAAAAGAUAAUAUUUUUGCAAGCAUGUUAACAAAUUUUGUGUAACGAACAUAAAAAUUAAACAAUUUUUAAAAUUUUUGUUGUUUACAUUAUAUCUUCUCUAUAUCUACAUUGUUAUUUAAAAAAAGACAUUACU